AACGGGCCCCCAGACCUCAUGUUGGACCCCAGGACGGUGUGCGUUUGUAUGGACGAGGUGGUCAACAAACAGCGGGCGGGCAGCCAGCAGACGCCGCUGCUGCAGGGACACCUGAAGAAGGUGGAAAACAACCUGACGGAGGCCCAGAGGUUCUCCUCUUUACCACGGAGACCGGCAGUCAACAUCGAGUUCAAGGACGUGUCAUACUCCGUCAGAGACAGCCCCUGGUGGAGGAAAAAAGGUUUCAAGAAUCUGCUCAAAGGGAUCUCUGGGAAGUUCACCAGUGGGAACCUGGUGGCCAUCAUGGGGCCCUCAGGAGCCGGGAAGUCCACACUGAUGAACAUCCUGGCCGGGUACAGGGAGACGGGGAUGAAGGGGGAGAUCCUCAUCAACAGUCAGCCCAGAGACCUGCGCUCCUUCAGGAAGGUUUCCUGUUACAUCAUGCAGGACGACAUGCUGCUGCCUCACCUCACCGUGCAGGAGGCCAUGAUGGUCUCAGCCAACCUGAAGCUGCAGGAGAAGAAGGAGGCUCGCAGUGAGAUGGUCAGGGACAUCCUGAUGGCUCUCGGGCUACUGGACUGUGCUAAAACCAGGACGUCUCACCUGUCGGGGGGGCAGAGGAAGAGACUGGCCAUCGCUCUGGAGCUCGUCAACAACCCGCCCGUCAUGUUCUUCGAUGAGCCCACCAGUGGUCUGGACAGCUCGUCUUGUUUCCAGGUUGUGUCUCUCCUGAAGGCUCUCGCUCAGGGAGGACGAACCGUCAUCUGCACCAUCCACCAACCGAGCGCCAAACUGUUUGAACUCUUCGACAAGCUGUACGUCCUCAGUCAGGGUCAGUGUAUCUACAGGGGGAAGGUCUCCAGUCUGGUUCCUUACCUGAGAGACCUCGGACUCAACUGCCCAACAUACCACAACCCUGCAGACUUCGUGAUGGAGGUGGCGUCCGGAGAGUACGGGGAUCAGAUGGUCCGCCUGGUGAAGGCCGUGCAGGACAGGAAGUGUGAGGCGGAGCAUCAGACGGAGCUGAACGGGGACACAAACCUCCACCCGUUCCUAUGGCAGCGCACAGAGGAGGAGAGCUCGUCCUCUGAAGGCUGUCACAGUUUCUCUGCCAGCUGCAUGACUCAGUUCUUCAUCCUGUUCAGGAGAACGUUCCUCAGCAUCCUGCGAGACUCUGUCCUGACUCACCUGAGGAUCUCGUCCCACGUCGGGAUCGGCGUUCUGAUUGGCUUGCUGUACCUCGGCAUCGGGAACGAGGCCAAGAAGGUUCUCAGCAACUCGGGCUUCCUCUUCUUCUCCAUGUUGUUCCUCAUGUUCGCUGCUCUGAUGCCCACCGUGCUCACCUUUCCUCUGGAGAUGGGAGUUUUUCUGAGGGAACACCUGAACUACUGGUACAGUCUGAAGGCUUAUUACCUGGCUAAAACCAUGGCUGACGUCCCCUUCCAGGUAGUGUUCCCCGUGGUGUACUGCAGUAUCGUAUACUGGAUGACCGCUCAGCCUCCCGACGCCGGUCGCUUCUUCCUCUUCCUGUCUCUGGGGGUCCUGACCUCUCUGGUGGCUCAGAGUCUGGGUCUGCUGAUCGGAGCUGCGUCCACCUCGCUGCAGGUGGCAACGUUUGUGGGUCCGGUAACAGCGAUCCCGGUUCUCCUGUUCUCUGGGUUCUUCGUCAGUUUCGACACCAUACCCUGGUACCUGCAGUGGAUGUCCUACAUCUCCUACGUCAGGUACGGCUUUGAGGGCGUCAUCCUGUCCAUCUACGGCCUGGACCGGGAGGAUCUGCACUGUGACGAAGACGACACCUGUCACUUCCAGAAGUCUGAGGCCAUCUUGAAGGAGCUGGACAUGCUGGACGCCAAACUUUACCUGGACUUCAUCAUCCUCGCCAUCUUCUUCUUCUCUCUGAGGCUCAUGGCGUACUUUGUGCUGCGCUACAAGAUCAACGCUGAGAGGUAGACCAGGAGGAGGUCCAGCAUUUAGACCAGGACAAACCGUUAGGCCAAAGUUAGCCUGUAGCUGUGGAGUUUGUCUACAUGUGGACUGUGAAUCGACUCUGGGCUGGCUGAUAAAAACCGACACCAGGAAGAGACGAGACCAGGUUUGGACGAAUGUUUAAUGUCUCUGAGUGUCUUUAGAGGGGGUGAGGACACGUCCUGCAGGGACAGGAGCUGGUCUCUUGACUCCUGAAGGCUUAACUGUGCCACAGCCUGAAGGACCCCGACAACACGACACAAACAGCGCAACAAAACUGGAGAACAGAGUUUCCUUCAGAAUAAAAGCCUCUGAGAUUCAGUUUGUUUAAAAGUCUCAGGAUGGAGACGACUUGUAUGUUAAAUUAGUAAAUCUGUGAGCUGAGAACGCUGUGGACUCACAGACAGCGUGUAACUAAGACUGUUAACAAUAAAGUAAAGACCAGAGAGUUUCCUGAUGUUCAA